GGACGGAUGAAAUAGACCGGUCAAGGUAUAAUGUUGAAUAAGGGAAUGUGCUUGUUUUUUUUCUCUUAUCAGGAAGCUUGAAAAUAAGAGGUUGUCAAGAUGCCUGAAACUGGCGACGCAUCGGGUGCACCCAAGAAAGGCCUGACACUCGAUGACCUCAUCGAGGUUAUCGACCGGCAUGAGAGGAAUCCAAGCAAUAUCCCAAAGGUCGAUACUUUCCAUUUUUGUGGGGAAAGAGUCUCGAAAUGGCUGGAGCGGGUGAAACAAGCUUUGGUCGGGGGGUCGUACUUUGUAAAGUUUCAAUGCAUCCUUCAGUAUGUCCUCCACAGCUACCACCAAGAGGUGAAGAAAGUCAUAGAUGCAGCCCAAGGUAGCUGGGAGAGGUUCAAGGAGGGGAUGGAGAGGAAAUACCGCCUGGGAGACGGGUUGUUGACUACCGCGGACCUUGAGGCGAUGAACAAAGAGGAUUUUACGACGAUAGGGGCCUUUGUUCAAGAAUUUAAGAAGAGGGCGCGGGAGGUCCAUGUGAUUUCAGAGGAAGCACAGUGCGCCAUCUUCUUGGGGCUACUCACGGCAUCGGAGGCCGUCGAGUUGACAAGACAUGGAGGAGGUAGCACCAAGCUCACCUGGGCCAUCAUUGAUAGAGGGGUGGAAGUGGGAUGUUUGGACCAGGUCGAGCAACGUCAGGUACGCCUGCAAAGGCAGACGAGAAAGGAAAGAGAUGCGACCGCUUCUGGGACCCCGGGGGUAACAAGGAUUGUUAGAGACGUAUUGGCACAACUAGGGUAUGCGACAAAGCCGGUAGUGCAAAGGAGGGUGGUGACGGCUGUCAAAGUGAAAGGAAAGGAACCGGUGAUAGAGGAGGCUGUUCAGGAGGAGCUCUGGGAAGAGGAAGAGCCGGUGCCGCAGCACCUGACGAAGGUCCAACGCAAAGUGCGUAAUUUGGCGCAGGGCGGACAGGGAUCAGGAAAAGCGCAGGCGCCUCAGCCCCAGGCAGCAGACCCUUUAAAUGUGGCGGCUCCAUCAUCUAGUACGGGCCCCUCGCAAGGUGGGGCGCCCUCCUACGGACAGUGGCCCUGGCCGGUGAUCAAUGCAAUUGUGCCAUGGGGAAGCCCGCCGCCAGUAGCCGGACCGCAAACGAGUAUGCCACCGCCCAUUUACCCCGCAGCCCAGGCCCAGCCUGUGGCCCCGCCGCCGUCACCUGCUCCUAGUUCACAGGGCAGUGUGGCAGGAGGUGGGCACCAGGGGCAAGGCAAUCAAGGCAACGGAGGGAGGGGUGGAGGAAGGGGGCGAGGCAGGAAUGGCGGUAGGAGAGGGAGGCAAUGGAAUGGUCAAGGCCAGGGGUACCAAGGCCAGGGGUAUCAAGGCCAGGGGAAUCAAGGCCAGGGGUACCAAGGCCAAGGGAGUCAAGGCCAGGGGUACCAAGGCCAGGGGUAGCAAGGCCAGAGGGAUCAGGGAAGUCAGGGGUAUGGAAGACCCCGUUUUGAUUGGAGGACGGCCAUCUGUCAACAUUGUGACCAACAAG